AUGGAAGCACUUACACUCCUGCUAAUGCUCUUUACAGUUUCUGGAUAUUCAUAUGUCUUGCAGCCUGGAUUGACAGUGACACAAAUAGCUGGGCUGGACAGAGCUGAGCUGGGAAGGGAGCAGCUGAGAGAUGACUCUUUAUCAGUGGAAGAGAAAGAAAUGGCUGUCAAGUCCAGUGAGGGAAGGAAAACUGAGGAAAAACAGAGGAGUGAUGGACUGACCCCAGAGACGAACCCUGCGAGAGAGCCUGUCAAGAGUGAAAUGCCUGUGGAGGAAAGGAAAAAAGAAGAAGGGUUGACCCCAGAGACAGACCCAGAAAAUAAGAAGAUGGAGAAACAGAGCAAGGAUAAAAUCACUAAAACUAGAGAAGAAAGACAACAACAGAAAUACUCUACAGCUGACAUGUUGGAGGUUUUAGAUAAGGAGGUUGAAGUGCUGAGGAAAGAGGAUGGACAGAAGACAGAGAUAGCUGAGCUGGGGAAAGAAUCAGUGAUUCCUGACACAAUUCAAAUUAUCACUCUGUCUCAAAAUCCUCCUCCUUCUGCUCAUCAUCAUAAUGUCCCACCACCGCUUCCGCUCACACCCACACAAAUUCCUCCAGUCUUCUCUCACCCUCCCACUCCUUACACCAAAGUUACGCCUCGGUUCCUCCCUCCGUCCGUCACUCUUCCCAAUCCUACAAGAAUCAACCGCAUCUUAUUCUCAACAGUGUCUCCUGACGAGGUGAAGACUGUCUCGCUCAUUGAAGAACUCCUCACUAAGGUGUUAAAAAGUCCUGGGCAUCAUGUCGAGCAGAAUGAACUGGAAGUGAAGGCUAGCCCAAGUUUAGAAGAUAUAAUGGUCAAAAAUAUAUUGAAGAAACCUGCACAGAAGGACCCACAAACCACACAUAAAAGAGAGGACAUUGUAGUUAAACCAAUAGAGAGUGAAUUUAUCUCCAAGGUACAAGGAGCAACACCAAAACCCAAAGAGGCACAGUUUAUUACCAAAGAUUUAAAAACCAAAGAGACAAAUUCUACACCAAAUGAAAAUAAUUCCACAGCUAAACCAGUCAAACUCACACAUAAACCAAACACGACUCAGUCCACAAGCAAGCCCAAAACUGUUAAAUUAACGGAAAAUGAAACGAAACUUACAGUGAAGCAAAAUAAAGCAUCUCCUGCCCAACCACAACUGUCUAAAGUGCAGAUGACAACGGCCAAAACACCUUCAAUGAGGCCAAUGAAAAUCAACAGAGGCAGUAAAAACAAGACAAUUAAGAAGUCCAGGGAAAAGCAGAGGAAAAAGGACAAUAAAACCCAAAAGCCAACAAAAAUGAAGGCAGUUACCACACCAACACAUUUUCCUUACUUUUUGGACAACUACUGUCCUCCUGAUUGUGCCUGUUAUGGAAGAGUGGUCCAGUGCUCAGACAAAGGUGUGGAUAAGGUUCCUUACGGUAUCCCUUAUAAUGCCCGCUACAUCCUCCUGAUGAAUAACCACAUCGAGAGCAUCCAGCUGGACCUGUUCAAUGAAUAUGUCUCUAUGGAGUUCCUAGUGUUGAGCAACAAUCGCCUUACAGAUGGUGCCAUAGAAGGGGCCUUUGAGGGGGUCCCAGCUCUGAAACGCCUCUACCUGGAUAAGAACUUCCUAGAGAGUGUGCCAACUGACCUUCCAGUGUCUCUUGAGGAGCUUCGUCUGGACAAUAACCAGCUUAGUGUGAUGUCAGAGGCAGCCUGGGCCCGGUGCCCUGGUCUCUUGGUUUUAAGUCUCAGCAACAACAGCUUGGGGAAUGGAUCCGAAUCUCUCCCUAGUGCAGUGCUUUCUCCUCUGUGCCACCUGCGCACACUGAACCUGGAUCACAACCAGUUAACCUCAGUCCCACUGGGGUUACCACUAUCCAUCAAGGAGCUGUACCUAAAAGGUAACCUCAUUGAGCAGUUCCGUGGAGGAGCCUUCAAUGGGAUAUCAGAGCUGGUGGUGUUAGAUCUGAGUGCAAACAGACUGACAAACAAGGGUAUUCUCAGAGAUUCCCUCCUCAAUGCAACUCACCUGGAAAGCCUCAACUUAGAAGGGAACAAACUAAAGCAAGUGCCACAACACCUUCCCCUCUCACUAAAAGCAUUAAAUCUCGAGGGCAAUCUCAUAUUUUCCAUUAAGAAAGCGGCCUUUAGCACCUUGAAAAACUUGGAACAUCUGGGCUUGGCAAGAAAUAAGAUAUCCAAAGUGGUACCAGGUGCAUUCAGAACACUGCCCGUCCUGCACCAGUUAGACCUGUGUCACAACAUGUUGCGGCACGUGCCCAGACAGCUGCCACAGGGUCUGCACUCUGUGGCACUCACCCACAACAAGAUUCAGUCAGUGCCUCGUGAUGCUUUCUGCUGGGGCAAUAAAAGUUUGGGUCUCAGCGGUCUCGUACAAGUGCAGUUGGAACAAAAUUUAAUUGAUAUGGGGAAGUUGGAUGCACAGGCUUUUAGAUGCUUAAGGGGAUUCCAGGUGGUGCACUUCUACUGA